GGAGGAAAUGAGCUCAGACGGGGCCGCUGUGGGGCGGCCGCGGGCGGGUGCCGGACCGGGCCCCACGAGGAAGCUGCCGGCCGCGGCGGGACGGGAGCCGGAACCCCCCUGGACCUGCCGCCCCCCGUCCCGGUGCGUGCGGCCUCGGUUCGUGCUGCGGUGCCAGGAGCCCCGUGCGCUAUAACCCAGCGGUUCCGAGCAGCAGGGCCGGGCCCGGGUUUCCCCCGGUUCUGCCGGUCUCGGCAGGGCCCAUUUCCUGGCGCGGUGUCGGGGCUGUCCCGUCACGGCCCCGCAGCGCUCCUGCCGCCCGCACCGCGCAGGAAGGAAGGGACGGAGCAGGAUUGGUGAUGCGGUAAUGGGGCUCGGUAAAGGUCACAUCCCUGGGGACAGCAGCAACCUCUGAUCGUUCGCUGGUGAAGGCGUUGGAGCGAUACCGCCCGGUGCUGCUUGGGUUCCUGCUCCAGGCUCCCGGCUCUCUCCCUGUCUGCAGGGCCCGGUGGUUAUGAGGGCUCAGGCCGGGCUGCCCUCUGGUGACUCCUGACCUCGCUCAUCACGGCGGAAUCCAUCAAACCCACGCUCUGCAGGGUGGUCAUCUACCUACAGAGGGAGAUGUCGGGGGACACGUGUCUCAGCAACACCCUCUGUCCGGCUCCGGGGCCCAAGCCCAAGCCUUGCAGCUUCCGAGGGGGCGGCCCCGGUAACAAGUACGUGCGGCUGAACGUGGGGGGCUCGCUGUACUACACCACGGUGCAGGUGCUGACCAGGCACGACACCAUGCUGAAGGCCAUGUUCAGUGGCAGGAUGGAAGUGCUCACCGACAAGGAAGGCUGGAUCCUUAUAGACCGUUGUGGGAAGCAUUUUGGAACAAUUCUGAACUAUCUCCGGGAUGACACCAUUGCACUUCCAAAGCACAGGCAGGAGAUCAAAGAGUUGAUGGCAGAAGCCAAGUAUUAUCUCAUUCAGGGCUUGGUGGACAUGUGCCAAGCAGCCCUGCAGGACAAGAAGGACUUGUAUGAGCCUGUCUGCAGCAUCCCUAUCAUCACCUCUCCAAAGGAAGAAGAGAGGCUGAUCGAGUCAUCAAUGAAACCUGUUGUUAAGCUGCUUUAUAAUAGAAGCAACAACAAAUACUCCUACACCAGUAACUCAGAUGACAACUUACUGAAGAACAUUGAACUGUUUGACAAACUCUCUCUGCGAUUCAACGGCCGAGUCCUUUUCCUGAAGGAUGUCAUAGGGGAUGAAAUCUGCUGCUGGUCCUUCUACGGGCAGGGCCGGAAGCUGGCAGAGGUCUGCUGCACCUCUAUAGUCUAUGCUACAGAGAAGAAGCAAACCAAGGUUGAAUUCCCCGAGGCACGAAUUUAUGAGGAAACACUGAAUGUCUUGCUGUAUGAGACCCCACGGGUUCCUGACAACUCCCUACUGGAAGCAACAAGCAGGAGCAGGAGCCAGGCAUCUCACAGUGAGGAUGAUGAGGGCUUUGAGCUUCGUGACCGAGUGCGCCGGAUCCAUGUGAAGAGAUACAGCACCUAUGAUGACCGUCAGCUGGGGCACUAGUGUGUCCCUGGAGAGAAGGGGGUGUCCUGGGGCUUGGCUCAGUGUGCUUUUGGGGAGAGCAGAAGUAGGGAGGGAUCAGGUGGACUCUGUGGAUUCAUCUCCAUUUGGCUUCUUGGCUCCCUAGAGAAGCAAAUGGGCGUUUGUGCACACAAAGCAUCACCAAAGGGCACAGGGGCUUUGAGGAGUGAGAUGACAACUUUGCACCAUUGCUUGAAGUGCAGCCUGGCCCCUGUCCAUACCCUGUGAGGAGUGGAAUUCAGAACACCCAGUCUGACUGUGGUUGCUCUUGCAUAUCCAAUGGCUUGGCAGUUUUCUUCCUUCCAGGGAGAAGUACAGCUUUGCCCAAACGAGAUGGUGGGACUUGAAAAACUUUUCCCAGAUACCUCUCCUUAUAGGGAUUGUAUAAUGAAACCUCCAGUUUUAAAUCAAGAUGCUGAAGAGGGGAUGGAGAGAACUUGGACAUGACUACUCUUAGCAAACACUACAUCUGAUAACCCCCAGAAGAAACAGUCAGCUACCCAACAGUCAGACCCACUGCACAGGUGAUUUCUCCCACCUCUUUUCCCCAGCACAGAUACAAAAGGUGGUGUUCCAAAAUAGCUAUCUUUAAAACUCAUUAAUUCUAAGGCAAGCCCUUCCAAAGAGGUAAGAGUCAAGUCAUCACAAAACCUCCCCUCAUGAAAAAUGAGAAAACUUAAAAAAUCUCAAUACAUGUGAAAUGACUUGUCUUGGGAGAUGGAGACGUGGGUUUGGUGAAGGAAGAAACCACAAGUAAGGAAAGGUCAGGAACAGACUGUGGCAGGAUUGCUGUUGUUCAGGCUUGUGGUAGUGUAAUCCUGCUUAUACAAACUAUGGCAACCUAGGGAAUUAGAUGUUAAUUUCCUUCUGUGGUUUAAAAGUGCUGUUUGAUGUUAGAUUUCUCAGUCAGCAGGGGAAAGAUUGCAGUGACUGAGGAAAUAGAGACUAGAUAGUGUUUUAUAAUGCUAGGUAAUAUUCACAUGCUGAAGGGUGAAUUCAGUUUUGUCAUUCUGAAUCCCUUCUGGAGGAUAGAGUGCAUUGAUAAAAAUCUCCUAACAGGAAACUGCAAGAGGAUUUGGACCCAGGAGAGAGGUAGCUUAUACUGAAUUUUAAACUGAAAUAAUCACUUUUAUUCUGAGUGCUUGGCUGGGUGCUAAUUGUGAAGGCCCUUUCAGGAGGUUGGAGUCAAGGCUGUUCUGCAAAUCUGGUCUCUGGAAACAGUUUCAAAUUGAUUGUGAGAAGCUGUGACUGUUUUUGAAGGCUGGGUUCCCAUUGUACCAUUGUCACAGUCAGAACUUGAUGACUGUUCAUUGGCAGGUGUGGGUGUGUGACAGGGGUAGAGCAUGCUCCACAGCUGCUCCUGUGUUCCUGCAUUGUACAUGAACAUGGAAGCUUAAGAUUCCAUGGUGGUCUUGGACAGCUUUGACCAGUGCCAAAUCUACCUGUAAGUUUUAAAGCACAUUACUGCAAGAGCCAGACAAGAAAAUAAUCACAAACUAAUACACUGAAGUCAUAAGUAGAAUUAAGGUGGUGGAUUGUUUGGUAGUGAUAAAAGAAAGGGGGGAACAAAAAAAUAUUUCCACUUAUUUAGGCUUUUGAAAAUGAAUUUGUUGAGGCUUGGUAAGGAAACACUAAUGGCUGCAAAUUUUAAGGACUUUUUAGCCUAGCCAGGCCUCUACCUGUGGCAGGCAUUCACUUGAUUCUCCUCACAUUCAGGAAGCAGCAUUGCCACAGUAAUGCACCUGCCUUUUUGUGAAAGGCCUCUUUAAAACUCUAACAGCCUCUUUUCUUUUUAUGUUGCUUUCUGUAAGUUGCUUUUUUUCUAGCUGUUUUUUCUGUUGUGCCAGUGAAAAUACAGCUGCUGAGAUUAGUUCUGACAAAGACUUUUAUGGGUUUUUUUUCUUUAAUUCUGCUAGAAUGUGAUAUGCAUUAAUUUUUUUUUUCCCCUCCACUGAUGCUAUUUAAAUUACACUGUGGUGGGUGCUUUGAAGCUACCAGCAGAGCCUGUAGGGUCUUUGUGCCAUACUUUAUAGGUUCAAUUUAUUCUCUUGUAUUGUUUUUUCAUCUUGUAGCAAAUAGGACUGCCAUCUGAAAUUGAUGUGUGGCACUUCUUCAAAAGACAUUUCAAAACCAUGGUCUGGGUGUUCUUUGUCCUGAUGAGUUUUCAGGAUGUGGCUGAGAGAUCCCAGGUAAACACCAGUGGUUGGCUGUGGCUCUAUCCACCAGCUCCCUCCCUGUGCUGGGCUGCUCUGUCUGGGGUUCUGAUAAGAUCUGGAAUGGUCCAGAGGUAUGUCUCAUGUAAUUGGAUAAUUUACAUGGAACCUCAGUAAGUACAGCCAUCACACAGUUCAUGAGUUGAACAUUUUCCUGGUACAAGUGAUGGAACAUUGUAUUUUCUCACAGGAGUCAUGGUUUUCUGGAGCUGCUCCAAUACAGGAUGUUAAUUGAAUGUCCUUUCCACUGAAGUCAUGGCAUACAGUCAUACUACCAGAUUCUGAUCAUUUUGACUAUUGUAGUUUUCAUGUAACACAUGCACUGUGUUCUCAUCUUAAUCAUAUUUUACUUAAUUAAAGGCUAUAAAUUGUCUUGACAGGAAACUUUGAGACAUUCUAGAACAUACUUUUACAACGUGGUAUAAUGGAGAAAAAGCAGCACUGAAAAAUAUAAUGCAGUUUUGAAAUGCAGCAUUCACUGAGUUGUGGUAAACUGUCACCUCUAGAGAGAACAAACAGCUCUGCUUCCUGAGACUCGUUGCUGCUGGCUUUAAAUAAUCACAAAUUAUGAACCCCAUUAAGACAAUAUAGAUUUCUAAUUCUAUGCAUUUGUCUGCAAAUUAGCAGCUUGUAAUGGCUUCCUACAUAGACCAUCAGGAAUGGAUGUGUUUAGUGACGUGCCCAUGAAUUUGCAAUAGCCUUUGGGAGGAAGAAAUGCCUUUUGGACUUGGUUUUAUAAUGUGUGAAUUCUAAUUACAUCAGCUAGCAUUCAUUAGCUGCUGGAGGUCUCUCUGAAACCUUACUGUCCUCUUCACUCCUAAAUUUAAGUGAACUUCUUCACAUUCAGAUAGUAUAUUAGCAGACUGGGAGAGUGAAUGGAGGACAUUAAGUGACAUCUGUGCACAAGUACUGUAAUAAAGGGUGGCAUGUUUCCAUAAUGGGGUCCUCACAUACUGCAGAACAGCCUCAGCCAUUCUGCAGAGCAGGAGUUGGUGCUUUGUGUGAAUGGCUUAUGUUGAACAGCUUUCCAGCAUCAGUGUUAAUUAGGCAAUAAUGUCAAAAGAGAGCUCUGCAGGGUAGCAGCCUCCAACUGCUUGAUAAAUGCCAAGACAAAACUAAAUGUUGAACCUUCACCUUGACAUUUUGCUUUUGGUACAGUAGACGUUUAUCCUGUUUAAUGUUCCAUUCCACUGACUUUUUAAUCUCUUGCAUUUCUUGCUUAAAAUACAAAAUAAGUAACUGAGAGAGGGAGGGCAUUGGAGGGAUGAUAUGAUGGUGUUACUGAAAAGCUGCAUUCUGACUGGAACAGGCAGUUCUUACUGUGCUCUUGAUUUGAUUAAUUUUAAUUUUCAUGAGUUUUUUUUUAAUAUUCAGGCACAAUUCACUUCAUGAAAUACUGAUCAAAUACACCUUAACUGAAUGUGUCUGGCCCAGCAGUCCUUGUUUUACACAAUUAACUUAUAUUCUCUGACAAUCCUUGGCAGUAAGUCUUUACAGCCAAAUUGCAUACAAAUUGUUAGGAGAACUACUGAAGUUUUAAUCAGAGAUGAAUAGGCAUGAGUCCUGUUCCCAGCUUUGCCACUAAGUCUCUGACAUACAGCAAUCCAGUUUUUCUGUAUGUGUUCAAUUUUUCCUCAUCUGUAAUAAAACGGUGGUAAGACCCUCCCCUACCUCAGGGGGAUGUUGAAGCUUAUUUUGUUUAAUGAUAGUAAAGGACUUUGGAUUUCUGUGAUAUUUUUUAUUGAGAGGAUAGCAAAUACUAUUGCUGAUCUCGUUUGAACUGGCAUUCUGUGAUCGAGCUGUUUUCUUGUAGUGUCAGGCUUUGUUUUAUUUUUAUGUCUAACUUCUAAGGGUCAGCUUUGUGGAUAAAUCAAUACUUAAUGCAUUAACCAUAUUAGUUGUUUUUCAGUGCAUUAAAUGGAACACUAAUUUUUAAUAAAGUGUUAUAUUUUGUGUUC